CUCAUCGCUCUGGUGAACAACUGCUUUUGUAACAUCAUAUUAAAUACUGCUGCAAAAAGUUAAUUAUUGUCAAUCUGGUUGUUUAUCCAAACUUAGAAUGAUGCGGGGAAUAUGUUUUGGACUUGUUGUGGUUGCUGCUUUGGCUGUAACGUUAGUAACAUCACAAAGCUGGUCUGGAAACUACCUACGGCGAUAUGGAGUAACGGGUUACACUUCGUUCUGGUAUUGUCGAUGCCGUUACUGGUACCGGUGGCGAUCGUGGUGUCCCGCUUACAGCUAUUUCCGUCGUCCUGUGUAUGGUUAUAUUUACUAUUGUAAGCCUGGAUGGACACAUACCGGCAAUCGGAACUGCAAUAUACCUAUUUGUCGGCCAAGUUGUAAGAACGGUGGAACAUGUGAAUCUCCAAAUGUAUGUAAAUGCCCUAGUACGUCAACCGAUGGAUCAUGUCAAACACCAAUCAAAAGCGUUUCAACAACCUAAGGUUCGAGUUUGACACGCUGAUUGACAUACCUGAAAUCCCAGAAAAACCUAAUUAUGUCCAUGACGCUAUUAUUGGAACCAUUGCAAGCAGUAUAGAGGCAACUGUUAG